AUGCCAUCAAAAACCAGCUCUAAAUUUCUCGGUACUCAACAAUACCGCACCGUCCCCCACAAUUUGAUCCUCAAGCGCGACCCGUACCACAAGCGCAGCCUCACCGUCCAGAUCGGUUGCCUGAUGGAGAUGAAAGACUUCAACAAGCUGUUCUACGUGGCCCACAAACUGGUGGACUUUUACCCGGACGAUGCCAUCUCGUGGUAUGCGGUGGGCUGCUACUACGAUCUGAUAGGGAAGAGUGACCCUGCCCGGCGCUAUCUGUCGAAGGCGACCAGUCUGGAUAGGCUGUACGGGCCGGCCUGGCUUGCCUAUGGGCACUCGUUUGCGAAAGAGAAUGAACACGACCAGGCGAUGGCGGCUUACUUCAAGGCGACCCAGCUGAUGAGGGGAUGCCAUCUGCCGCUGCUGUACAUCGGGGUGGAAUGUGGUCUCACCAAGAAUCUGGAAAUGGCCGAGAAAUUCUUCUAUCAAGCGAUGUCGAUCGCACCGUUGGAUGUUUACGUGCUUCACGAGCUUGGGGUAGUGAAAUUCGAGUACGAGCUGUUUGAAAGCGCAGAAGAAGUGUUCCGAACCACGCUGGAUAUGGUGCAAAGUAUGGCGAAAGCGAACAGGGAACCGAUUUCCGUCCGAUGGGAACCGCUACUCAACAAUUUGGGUCAUUGCUGUCGCAAGAAUAGAAAGUAUGAGGAAGCGUUGGAAUUUCACCGGAGAGCCCUGUUUCUGAAACCGUUGAGUGCGGCCACCUACACGGCGAUUGGGUUCGUCCAGGCACUGAUGGGCAAAUUGGACGAAGCGGUUGAAUCAUUCCACAAAAGUCUAUCUCUGAAGCGGGACGACGUUGUUACCACGACUAUUUUAAAAUACGUGAUUGAGGAUUUGGCUGAGGAAGCACCGUUACCGUUUUACACCGGCGAUGGAGAAAAUAUCGAUCUGAAUGCUAAAGAGGAGGACAGUUCCGAGGCAAGAGAUGAUGAAAUGAGCGGUGGGGGUGGCAAGCCAGGACCCGGUGGUGGAACUGGCGGGACGGGAUGUGGUGAUGGACCGCCUCCACGAUUGAAACUAAAAUUUGAUGAGUACGAUUCCAAUGCGUCGCCGGUGAGCGAUACCAGCGCGGACGAAAUGAGUAUGGAUCUGUAGGGGGCUUCGGGCGGACGACAGGUAAGUGUUUGAGAUUCCUUUUGCUUACCGAUUGUUUUCUCAUUUUGAAAUAUAAUGUUGAACAAUUAUUUAUGUGA